AUGCGUAUAUUCUUUUUCACUGUGUGGAUUGAACAGUGUUUGUUUGGAACGCUUGCUGCUGCUGCCUUGCUGGACGAUGAGUUCAUGUACCUGGAUUUGGCCUCUAUGACAUCUGUGCGGCAGAUUGUCCAGAGAUUUAAAGCCAGGCCACUACAUGUUGUCAAUAAUGCUGGCAUUAUGCUUGUUCCUGAGAGGAGGACAGAAGGUGGGUUUGAACUGCACUUUGGGCUUAACUAUCUGGGCCAUUUCCUGUUGACCAACCUUUUGCUAGAUGUGCCUAGGACAUCAGGCAAAUCUGGGAAAUGUUCACGAAUAGUGAUUAUGUCUUCAGCUAACCACUAUGGAGGAAGAUUAACUCUGGACAACUUGCAGGGAAGAAUGUGUUAUAGUGCCCAUGGAGCAUAUGCCCAGAGUAAACUGGCCCUGCUGCUGUUCUCCUAUUGCCUUCAGGACCAGUUUUGGGCCAAAGGAGACCCAGUACAGGUUAAUGCAGUGGACCCUGGCAUGGUGGACACAGCUCUGUAUGACAACCUGGGUAUCCCUGCCCAGCUGGCCAAGAAGCCUUUCUCUAAACUGCUCUUCAGGAUGCCUGCAAAAGGAGCAUCUAUGGCCAUCUAUGCUGCAGCUGCCUCAGAGCUGGAGGACUAUCUUUACAAGUCUUCAGCGAUUUCUUAUAAUGAGCAACUGCAAACCAGGCUAUGGAAUGAGAGCUCUGCUCUAGUGGGCCUCCAACAGGCCUGAGAAAACAUUGCGCCAGCAUUGAGCUCUUGGUUGGCAAUGGCAUACCAAUGAUUCUGGCCAUGCUGAUCGCUCAGUAAGACCUUGGUACUUUACCUAAUCUUCUAGUUCAUUUAGCAUCCAUCUGAAGAACAAUUAUAUCAAGUUAUCAAGAAAGUACACCUAUUUGCCAAAUUGUCACUUUCAAAAGCCAUUAGUUUUUCUUUAAGUCAUCUCGUUACAGUUACAGUGUUCAUUUGUGUGAAGAGAAAACUUUGGUGAUUCCUCAAGUUCUCAGAGGCACUGCAAAAUCAAGAAAAUAACUUCAAUUUAUCCAUCACGCAUAUAAACACGUGCACCAUUUCUGUCCUAAUAAUGCUAAUCCCUGUUCUUGAACUCCUCCACACUUGGAAAUUUUCUCAACAAACCCUUCCUGAAAUAAGUAAAUAAAACGUGAUUUUUGGCAGUUCCUCUGAUUUCCAUUUAGGUUUCUUCAAUAAAGACUAAGAAAAUCAAAGGAUAAAAGAUUAUAUGUGAAAUCUUAAGAUGUCUAAACUGGGCAAAUAUCAGCCUGUCUCUGUUGAUUCUCUUUUUCGCUCUGGGAUUUUGCGUCUCUCUUUGUUAGUAUAGUUGUAUAUCUUCAAUGGCUCCUCCGUUGGGGGUAUUCCAUCCGUCAGUGUCAAUCCUUGCUAUGCCUACCACAUCUAAUGGUCUAAACACAAACUGAAGAAGGGCUAAGGGGGAAAAGUGUUUGUCUAUCUAAGCCCUUCAUUUUUCAUUCCUCCACUGCAAUUUGAAAUGCUGUGUUUAGAAUCUUCCAGAAAAGAGAUUGCUUCCUUGUUGCCAGGUGCCUCACCAUUGUCCACCUUGUUUCUUCCCUGGGGAUAUUUCAUCCUACUGUUCUGUUUGUGACUGUAAUGUGUUCAGAAUUUGUAAUCCCAAUGUCUUACCAGUGUGUAAUAAUGUAGUUUUGGUGUUUUUCAUUUUAAUCUUGCUUCUGAGCAGACCUUGGUUAAAUAAAACAUAAAAAAUAUGUGCACAUAUUUUAUAACUCUAAAAGAAGACUUUUCUUUUUAGUUGCUGAUCGUUAAUGUUUAAGAAUUUUACAAAUGUAUUUAUUCAAAGACUGCGUGCAAUAGCCAACUGCUGAUUGAUUCUAAUGAAAUCAAUGGGAAAUUUUAAGAUUUUCUUACAAGAGAUGUUGCUUCCUCAAUAUAAAUGUUUAAAAGUACUGUACAAUAAUUUCUUGAAUGACUUUUUACCCAAUGGUGUCUGGUGUCUGUAACAACUUAACAGGUGUUG